AUGGACUCCUUUACCAUUAAAACUGAAAAAGUUAAAGUUCUCACUGUUAAGCUCAAACAUUCUAAGAAACAGAUUCAGGAUCUGAUUAUUGAGAAGGGAAUAAGUUAUAUAUCUGAUGUCAAUGGCCUCCUCUCAGAAAUUAUAGAAACCAAGGAUCCAAUGAUAACAAUUACCAUUCGGAAACAUCUUGUUGAAAAGCUAAGACCUAUGUUCGCUAUGUUACACCACUUGGAGGGUGUUCUGGAACCUUCUGUUAUUCCAAAACAAGGGGGAUAUCAACCGAAAAAGCCUUUAACAACUUCAGCAAAGCCAACCACUUCAAUCAAGCAAGGCAUUAAGAGCGAAUCUGAGCCAAAAGGCAAAAACAAGCUUUUUUCUGAGGAGUCAAUAGUUGAUAACAACGAUGAAGAAGAGCUUGAUGAAGAAGAACUCAAAAUGUGA